CAGCUGGAGACCCUGGUGGCGCCCCCCGAGGACUGCGCGGCGCGCUCGGCGCUGGGCGACACGGUGCAGAUUCACUACACGGGCAGCUUGGAGGAUGGGCGGGUCAUCGACACCUCGCUCUCGCGGGACCCCCUGCAGGUGGAGCUGGGGAAAAGACAGGUGAUCCCUGCAGGGCCUGUGCAGCGCCUGGCACGAUCUCGGUUGGGGCCUGUACAGCGCCUGGCGCGACACACUGAUUGCAGUGGAAGGUGCAGGAGUCUCUUCCGGCUGGUCUCUGUUGGCAUCUGCUGGAAGGACCAGGCUUGGAGCAAAGCUUGCUAGACAUGUGCGUUGGGGAGAAGCGGAGGGUGAUCAUCCCGCCUCAGCUGGCUUACGGCAAGCGAGGAUCCCCGCCUGCUGUCCCAGCUGAUGCCGUGCUGCAGUUUGAUGUGGAGCUGGUUGGCCUCUCCCGGGCCAGCUACUGGCAGAAGCUGACGAAUGACGUGCUGCCCCUGCUCUGCAUCGGGCUGAUCCCGGCUCUGCUGGGCCUGAUUGGCUACCACCUUUACCACAAGGCCAGCAGCUCCCGGGGGGCCAAGAAGAGGCUCAAGGAGGAGAAGAGAAACAAGGCCAAAAAGAAAUAAACCUCCUCUCCUCCCACAGUGUCA